GGCCGCGGUGAUAACAGCGGGAGCCGGACCAGAGCCACAGGAGCAGAGCGCGGGUGAGUGGGGUGAGACAAGCACCCCCAUCCUGGGCAGCCUGGCACCGAGGCAGUGGCAUGGGGUCCAGCAGCCCCCAGCACCUUCUCUGCACUCUCUGCCUCCUCUUGGUGCUGUCCGGGCUCCUGCCCGCCACCACUGCCCAGUGGUUUAACCUGGGCUUGGAAGAUGCCACACCAGAUCCGGGCACCAGCCCCACGGCCCCCACGGCCCCCAUGUCCCCCACGGCAAACGGACUGGACAGAGAUGAAGACGGAGAUGCUCAUGGCGAGGAGCCCAUGCGGAAGGUGCCACUGAGCAAACCUCCCCUGGCAGCAGCCCCCAGGCGCCGGGAGCCCCUCGGCAAGGGGGCAGGGAAGGGUCCGGGCCAUGCCCCACCGCGCACACGAGGCCAGCACCAACCCGCGGCCCCCCCGGAGAUCUUCGAGGGCAGUGCUGAGGAAGAGGAGUUCCUGCGGAUCAAGACAACAGCGAAGGAGCUGCCCCGAAGGGUGCCCCCACCCCCGGAGAUGGACCCUGCUCUCCAGGUGCACAACAGCUCCAGCUGCGUCUGCCCUGCACAGCCAGGCCCUCCUGGCCCCCCUGGCCCAAAGGGAGAGAAAGGUGACCGAGGGCUCCCGGGAGAGAGAGGCCAGCCUGGAUCCUCCGGGGACAGAGGCAAGGCUGGCAGCCCGGGGCAGCCAGGGCACCAGGGACCCCGGGGCCCUCCAGGGCCCCCAGGACCACCAGGGCCCCCAGGACUCCCAGGAACCUGGGGAGCCAGAAGCCCACCCACACUCUCUGCACUGCCCAAGGGGUCAGACAAUGAGCUCGGGAAGCAGCUGGGAGCAUCCAGCCCUGCAAGAACCCCAGGCCCCCCCGGAGCUCCUGGCCUGCCUGGACCCCCAGGAUACCCAGGCCACGAUGGCCCCCCGGGGGUCCCUGGGCGGGACGGGCAGCCAGGACCCCCUGGGCCACCCGGGGCUCUGGGACCACCUGGCUUCCCUGGGACCGAAGGACCUCAGGGACCUCCAGGCUCAGCUGGGCCAGACGGACCCCCAGGGCCACCAGGGCUCCCAGGGCCACAAGGUGCCCCCGGGCUGCCCGGGCAUGAAGGACCUCCUGGUGCCACAGGACCUGCAUCGCUCCCUGGCAAACCAGGGCUGAGAGGGGAGCCAGGGUAUCCCGGACUGAAGGGCGAGAAGGGUGAACGUGGACUGCCAGGCAUGCCAGGGAGCCCUGGCAGGACAGGAGAGACAGGGUCCCCAGGCAUGCCUGGUCCCAUGGGGCCACCAGGACCACCAGGGGACUACAGGUGUGACUCACACCACGCAGGGCACCGCGGAUCAGCUGGGCCACCGGGGCCCAAGGGAGAAAAGGGUGACCCUGGAGAGCAGCGGUGCUGCUAUGGGGACCAUGAGUGCAAGCCAGGCCACGGUGCCUUCCCCAGCACUGGCAGCCAGUCCAGCUCCUGGGUGCCCAUCAGUGGGUACCAAAUGGGCAGCAAAGAGGAUGCAGACAUCUACGGAGCCAUCAUCCCCCACGGUCCUCGAGGUCCCCCUGGGCAGCCUGGCCCCCCCGGCCCCCCCGGCCCCCCUGGAGCGCCAGGACUCCUCUACCUCAAUAGGGUUUACCCUGUCCGUGCCCAGCCACCCUGCAAGCAGCCGGCAGGCAGCAGCACAGGCUGGGCCACAGGCUCUCCAGACGCUGAUGCCCCUCGGACAGAGCUGCCAGCCCCCGAUGCUGAUCCCCGGGGGCAUCCUGGCUGUGGUCAGGGGCAAGCCCCCCAAGCUGCCCGGCCCCCUCGUGCCCCACUGCCAGGCCGCGAACCUCUUCACCCCCCCCAGCGCCAGACGUGGGUCUUCAGGUCCAAGAAGGAGAUGCUGAAGCUGGGCAGUGCCAUGCCCGAGGGCAGCCUGGUCUACGUGCAGGACGGGGGCAGCGCCUUCCUCCGGACCCCCACCGGCUGGAGCCGCCUACUGGUGGAGGACUCAGAGUCGCUCCUGGCUGGUGACGACCCCGCAGCCUCCACCCCACAGUACCAGGAGGCAAAGAGGGCACAGACGAGAGUUCCUGACAUGGCACAGCCUGGGCUGGCCCUGGCAGACUCACUGGUGCAGAAGGAAGGACAAAGGCUGCCCCAGCUCCUGCCAACCACCGUUGCCCCGCGGAUCCCAUCGCUCCGCCUGGCCGCCCUCAACGUGCCCCUCACCGGCGACACGAGCGGGAUCCGCGGUGCCGACCUGCAGUGCCACCGGCAGUCCCAGGAGGCUCAGCUCUAUGGCACUUUCCGGGCAUUCCUCUCGGCCCCCACCCAGGACCUGGCCUCCAUCGUCAAGAGGACAGACAGAGCCCUCCCCAUCGUCAACCUGAAGGGCCAGCUGCUGGCCAAGUCCUGGAGCUCCCUCUUCGAGGGCUCAGCCAGUGCCCCUCCGCGGGGCCCCAUCUACUCCUUCAACGGGCGCAACGUCCUGACAGAUCCCCUCUGGCCACAACGGCUGGCAUGGCACGGAUCCACCCCUCGGGGCAGCCAUGCCCGCAGGCGGGAUUGCCAGGGCUGGCGCAGCUCCGGCCCCGGGGAGGGCCUGGCCACCCCCCUGGGUGAGGGCAGGCUGCUGGCUGGGCACCGGCACAACUGCUCCGAGGCUCUGGCAGUGCUCUGCGUGGAGGUGGCAUUUCCCUACUGGCACAUGUGGUGACCCUGGCACCAGUGCCCCCCAGCAGCAUCCCCCAGUCCUGUGGAGAAGCAUGAAGGCAAGAACGGCAGCGUGGGAACUGUGAAAGAACAUCAAGAGGAUGCCAACCCUGCAGGCAGCUUGUGCUGUGCUUGUCCCUGACUGUGCCAUCGCUGCUGAUGCCCAUGCCAUGGGGCAGCAGGGCGAUGCCAGGCUGUGCACAGCUGCCUCCCUGUGCUUUCAUCCAAGUAAAUGUCACUGCCCAAGAAACAGAGACACAACAAAA